AUGUACAACGCAGUGGCUGAGAAUGUCUUGGGGACGAUAGGGACGAUUUUUUGGUGCGUGCAGCUUAUCCCCCAGAUUAUAAGAAACUACAGAGUAAAGAACUGUGAAGGGUUGCCGCCAGUCAUGAUGUUUUUGUGGGCCGCCAGUGGAGUUCCUUUCUCAAUCUACUUCUUUGGCAUAGACGGUUCUAUUCCCUUAAGGGUCCAACCACAGUUGUUCACCUUCUUUUGUUUGGUGACAUGGGCUCAGACUUUAUAUUAUCCGCCGCACCAGAUCAAGCGGUUGCGCAUGGUUGCCGUGGUGGGGUCGUUUGUCUUGGUCUCGGUUGGUUUGGAGACGGGGUUCAUCUUGUGGUUGAGGCCUCUUUACAGAGACGGCAAGGAGUGGCCAAUGAUCAUCAUUGGGGUCAUUGCCUCGGUGUUGCUUGCCUUGGGGUUGAUCCCGCCUUACUUUGAGUUGGCGAAACGCAAAGGUGAGGUUGUUGGGAUCAAUUUCAUCUUUUUGUCGAUGGACUCGUUGGGGGCUAUAUUUUCAUUGUUGAGUGUGGUGGUGGGCAAGAUGGAUAUCAUGAGUAUUGUGUUGUAUGCUAUCGUGUUUGCUUUGGAGCUUGGAAUCUUCACCAGCCACUUUAUCUGGUGGUUGAGAUUUGGACGAAUGGAGAGGAGCAGGAGCAAAAACGGUGGUGAUGAUGAUGAUGAUGAUAAUAAGGGAUCUGAAAUGAAUGAUUCUGUGGAUGAAUCUGCUGAAGAACAGAUUGAAACUUGCUCGUCGGCAUCGGGUGAAAAGCGUUUUAAACACGAGAACGGAACGGAAAAGCGCGAAUGA